GGCGUGUUGGUUUUGAAUGGGCUCGCGUGCAGUUUUUCCUGGCGAAAAUACUCCGUUUAUCCGGUAAUAAACACGAGAAAUGGACAGUCGGUUGCAGGAAAUCCGCGAGAGGCAGAAACUAAGACGACAGCUUCUUGCACAACAGCUGGGAGCAGAAAGCGCAGACACCAUCGGCGCUGUUCUCAACAGCAAACAGGAGCAAAAAGAGAUCGAGGAGACGAGAGAGACAUGCAGAUCGUCGUUCGACACGACAGCGUCCGGCUCCAAAAGGAAAUGCCAGAACGAGGGCGAGGACCCCGACGAGGACAUGGAGGAGCAGAGAGAGGACGCCGAGCCUCAGCAGCAGGAGGACAGCGGGCCGUUCGAAGAGGUCUACAAGGACUCCAGCACGUUUCUUAAGGGGACGCAGAGUUUAAACCCUCAUAACGACUACUGCCAGCAUUUCGUGGACACGGGACACCGACCGCAGAACUUCAUCAGAGACGUGGGUUUGGCUGACCGAUUCGAGGAGUACCCCAAACUCCGAGAGCUCAUCCGGCUCAAAGACGAGCUCAUCUCCACUACAAACACACCACCCAUGUACCUGCAGGCCGACCCGGAGAACUUUGAUCUGAGAGACCUGAAGUGUAAAUUUGACGUGAUCCUGCUGGAGCCUCCGCUAGAAGAGUAUUACAGAGAGUCGGGCAUCAUCGCCAGCGAACGCUUCUGGACCUGGGACGAUAUCAUGAAGCUGGAGAUCGACGAGAUCUCGGCACUGCGUUCUUUCGUCUUUCUCUGGUGCGGCUCGGGGGAGGGGCUCGAUCUCGGCAGGAUGUGUUUGAGGAAAUGGGGGUUCAGGAGAUGUGAGGACAUCUGUUGGAUCAAGACCAACAAGAACAACCCGGGAAAGACCAAAACGCUGGACCCCAAAGCAGUGUUUCAGAGGACGAAGGAGCACUGCCUGAUGGGUAUUAAGGGCACGGUUCGGCGCAGCACAGACGGCGAAUUCAUCCACGCCAACGUGGACAUCGACCUGAUCAUCACAGAGGAGCCUGAGAUGGGCAACAUCGAGAAGCCUGUGGAGAUUUUCCACAUCAUCGAGCACUUCUGCCUCGGACUCAGACGUCUCCAUCUGUUUGGGCGAGACAGUACUAUCAGGCCAGGCUGGUUAACUGUCGGACCCACGCUGACCAACAGCAACUUCAACGCUGAAGCAUACUCCGCCCACUUCUCCAGCUCCUACCUCUCAGGCUGCACAGAGGACAUUGAAAGGCUCCGCCCCAAAUCCCCACCCCCUAAGCCCGAGGGGUGCAGAGGGGCUCCACGAGGGGGCCGAGGUGGAGUGGCAGGUGGGCGAGGUGAACGCGGGCGCGACAGGAACCGACCCAAUUUUCGCGGAGAGCGGGGCGGGUUCAGGGGGCGUGGUGCACCUCACCGCGGGUUUCCUCCACGAUAAAUUCACAUUUUUACUGUGUUGCGUUUUUGUUUUGUUUGUUUUUUUAAAUACAAAUGAUGCCACAGAGCUGAUAUAUUUUUUUAACGGACCGGCAUAUUGUUGCCUUGCUCCAUUUGUUUUCAUUUUUUUUGAAAGGAUCCAGAUCAUACAGUAAAUAUGACAGACAGCUAAUGAGUUUUUAUAUGUGCGCAUCUUAGGUUUUAAAAGGCAAAAAAAAAAAAAAAAAGGACCUUGUUCAGAUCUACGUUGCUGCUGUUAGAUUUCUUCUGUUUGGAUCGAAUGUCAUGUGUUAGAAAUGCAGUGUUGAGAUUUUUACUGAUUUUUAUUGGUCUUUUUAAUUGGUCUGUUUUUUUUUUUUUUCUUUUCUUCCCGGAAAAAUGUCACGUAUGCUUCACUUUGCAAAUUCCUUCUGCUCUGGUGUUAUUAAUAGGUCCGGAGGCAAAUAUUACAGACCCUGUUGUCAUGCCCCUGUGUUCAGACAUCAUCUGCAUCACAGGCUGUGUCUCUCAAUCAUCAAAUGGUUUCUCUCAUCUCUUCCUCGAGAAAUAAAAUUCCUUUUUAAUUAAAAGUGUAUACUUUCGCCCUGGAGUGGACGGAGAACUGACUAUGAUGGAAUAUACACUCACCACCCGCACCUGUAUCACUGCACAGUCGUGCAAUUAUCCAAUCAGCCAAUCGUGCAAGCAGCACAAUGUAUAAAAUCACAUAGAUACAGGUCAAGAGCUGCGUUUAAUGUUCACAUCAAGCAUCAGGAUGGCGGCUCUCGGUGAUUUUGACGGUGGCAUGGUUGCUGGCUGGUUUGAGCUUUUAGAAUUUGCUGAUCUUCUGGUAUUUUCGCACACGACAGUCUCUAGCGCUUACACGGAAUGGUGCGCAAACCAAAAACAUCUAGUUAGAGACAGUUCUCUGGGGGGAGAGCCUUUUUGAUGAGGGAGGUCAGAGGAGAAUGGAAUGGCCAGACUGUUUUGAUCUGACAGAAAGGCUACGGUAACUCAUAACCUCUCUCUACAACCGUCGUGAGCAGAAAAGCAUCUCUGAGCGUAGAGGACGUUGAACUAUGAGGCAGACGAACUGUAACAGCUGACGACCACAUCGGGUUCCAUGUCGGUCAGCCGAGAACUGGAUGUGGUCUUCUGCUGACCAUUGCAUGAUUGGCUGAUUGAUUGGAUAAGGGGUAAGCGUACAAGUGUUCCUAAUAAAGUGGUCAGCGUGUGUUUAUUACGGAUGAGCCGCCUUUGAUAGUUAUGUUGUACCAAGCAAGUAGCUACUUAAUGACUUGACGCACUGUACUAACAAAUGUACUACAAAGUACUAAUGAAUCUUCAGUAAAACCAUAAUGCGGUUCUUCGGGUAUGUGAGUCGACUCCUAGCGCUCACCCAAAAAGAGUCGUUUCAAAGAGUCGACUCAGGUUAUAGCACAUUAUCUAUUAGUGCACUGUGCAGUCAGACAUAAUGGGACUUAGCUCAUGACUAACAGAAACUCAAAUUAUUUGAUAAUAUUGUAACGUGUUCAGAAUGUUGCUAUGGUUAGCCCAUCUUGUAGUGUUGGUUGCUAGGUAACCUGCUAGCCAGCGUGAUAGUUACCUCAAGAAAGCAUUUUCGGUGCCAAGAACCCAGACUCAGUGAGCUGUACGCUCACAGACCAGCUACAAAACAAACCAACAACACAUGAAAGCACAGCCAUAACUUUUAAGCAAAGGAAUUCGAGAGUGAUUUGUAGUUUCACUCAUGAUGUGUAUGUUUUGACGACGGACAGUGGGGCAAUUCUCUGACUGUAGGAGGAAAGAUCUAGAUGAACAAAUGGGCAGCAGGGUGGCAUUGCUGCUGCAGCUGCCGCUAAUGAUGCGACAUGAAUUUUUCUUCUUCUUCUUGCAAUUUAAAAACAUCUUAAGUGAUUUUUAUUUUCUCAUCAGUGUAGUACA